AUGGCCGAAAGUCGUCCAGUCCAUCACGCGUUAUACCCUGAGACUAGCUUUAUGGCGGAAGAUCCCACUGCCACUCCCCGCGGUGGUGUCCGACUGAACAAGAUCGCUGAAUCAUGGGAAGAUGAAGACCUCUCCUCCGAAGAAGAGGAAGAAGAACAAGACAGCGACGCUGAGACUACCAUCACCGCACCGCGCAGCUACUCUCCCGCACUCUCCGUUGAUUCUCAGGCUCCUCCCCUUCAGCAUGGAAUCCGCGCGCCACCGCCAACCCCGAAUAUCUCCCGCCAGUCUAGCUGCCGUUCUACCACCAGCAACGCCUCACACGCCUCGUCUACCUACUCCAAACGCCCGGAGAAGCAGGCUGCUGUCGCCAACAGGAUGAUUGCCAGCGCCUUGGGGGUGCGUGCACCAAGAUCUGAGGCACAGAAAGCCUACGACCGCACCGUGAUUUCAAAUGAGAAGAAACGCCGUGAGAAGGAGAAACUUGCUGAGGAGCAGAAGCGUGAGGAGGCUGAGAAGGCAAAGGCUGCCAUCUGGGAUUCCUAA